CUCAUUAUUUUAUUUUUCUGGCUCCGGUUUUAUCUGGAACACAAGUCGGCGAAAACUCGCGAUUUUGAUCAUCCGCAUGCUUAGAGAAGGGAAGAGAAGCAAAAGAAGCGUUUGUUAUUGGUGUGAUUUUGCGAACGAAGGCAGAACGCUUCUUUGUUGUAGUUAAAGAAGCAUUCGGUAUGGGUCGUUUAUCAGAGUCGAAGUUGGUGCAAGAGUUGGUUCUGUACGCGGCAAGCGCAGCACUGAGUUGCUUAGUCUUGUUCGUGGGCCUCCGACAACUGGACCCAAAUCGCGAGGCCUCCAAGAAGGCCCUUCAACACAAGAAGGAGAUCGCCAAGCGCCUCGGUCGCCCCCUCGUUAACACAAACCCUUACGAGGAUGUCAUAGCAUGCGAUGUUAUCAAUCCUGACGACAUUGAUUUGGAGUUUAAUUCUAUUGGGGGCCUGGAAACAGUAAAGCAAGCUCUGUUUGAGCUUGUUAUUCUGCCUCUAAAAAGACCUGACUUGUUUUCUCAUGGUAAGCUUCUUGGGCCACAAAAGGGUGUCCUGUUGUAUGGACCACCUGGCACAGGGAAGACCAUGCUUGCCAAAGCUAUUGCUAAGGAGUCUGGAGCAGUUUUCAUUAAUGUGAGGAUAUCAAACCUGAUGAGCAAGUGGUUUGGAGAUGCCCAGAAACUUGUGGCUGCCGUAUUUAGCCUAGCUCAUAAGCUCCAGCCUGCCAUCAUAUUCAUUGAUGAAGUUGACAGCUUUUUGGGUCAGCGUCGUACAACAGAUCACGAGGCAUUGUUAAACAUGAAAACUGAAUUUAUGGCUUUAUGGGAUGGAUUUACUACUGAUCAGAAUGCUCAAGUUAUGGUCCUUGCUGCCACUAAUCGCCCUUCAGAACUUGAUGAAGCAAUACUUCGACGUCUUCCUCAGGCAUUUGAAAUUGGUAUCCCAGACCAGAGGGAGAGGGCUGAUAUAUUGAAGGUUAUCUUGAAGGGUGAGAGGAUUGAACAAAACAUUGACUUUGACCAUAUAGCUUACUUAUGUGAAGGUUACACUGGUUCGGAUCUAUUUGACCUCUGCAAGAAGGCUGCAUAUUUUCCAAUUAGAGAACUGCUGGAUGAAGAGAAGAAAGGGAGAAGUUCAUCUGCUCCUAGACCAUUGUCGCAGCUAGACUUGGAGAAGGCUCUGGCCACUUCACAGAAGACUACGGUUGCUGCAACGGAAUACAAUGGAUCAAGUGCAGGUGAUUAUCAGGUUCAAGCUGCAAUCAAUGAACUGUCCAAGUUUGUGCUUUCUCACAUGAUUAAUCGCCAGCAUGAUGCCAAAGAUCUUUAAAAUUCUGACUUACUUAGUUUCUUUAGAGCAUUCUCUUAUUGCCUUCUAGCCUAGUCCAAGCUGUAAAAACACUAUCUCUUAGUUACACUAAUUCUAGAACGUUUGUUGAGGUGGUGAAAUACAUUUUGUUGACCCUUUUACGCAAUAAUCCUUUCUGGAUCACCAUUUAAUAUUCGUUUUAAGAAAAUUUGUGUUGCUCAUGGCAAUAUCGGUUAUGCAAAGAUAAUUUUACUUCUUUCA